GAUGAAUGGGAACAGGACUAGGACUCUGGGUUCAAGUCUAGUUUAGUGAAGGGAAGAAGAAACAAAGUUACACAGGACAACAACAAAUUUAAAUUGAAAAUUAACUAGAAAAAAUUUAGCUUUUUCAGCUUAGUUUUAGGAUCAGAAGUAGAAAAUAUACGGAAGUCUUUAAAUUCUAAAGUAAUUUUAUUUUAAGUAUGUUUAGUGACAGAAAUAAAAUACUAUUAUUAAAAAAAACAUAUUAUAAAUAAUAUAAUAAAUUAUAAAAUUCUUAGCUAGACGGAAUUAGACAGAAGUAAAAUAUUAUUAUUAAAAAAUAUGUACUGUAAAAAAUAUAAAAAAUUAUAAAAUUCUUAGCUAGAGUAACUUAUAGAGGACUUAUAGUUUAGUGACAGAAAUAAACUAUAAAUAUUAAAAAAAAACACACAGUAAAAAAUUUAAUAAAUUAUCAAAUUUUUCAGUAUUAUACCUAACUUACUUAACUUCACUAUUAAGUAUAAAUAUUAAAUCCUAAGUAUGAGUUCUAAGUAAGUAUAAGCAUUGCAGUACCUAUAAGUACUACUACUAUAAGAUAUACGCUAUAAGUAGUAGUAGUAGAGUAGAGUAUAACCCUAGUCGAUAAGGUCUCCCCCCUAGAACCGUCAUCUGUCAAAUAUCAAUCCACCUCGUCUCCCACAGUUUCCUCCCGGCAUUUCCUUCCGCUCAUUAGGCGGCUCUCGAGGAAGAACUCAAAAAAGUGGAAUUUUUUUUUUUUUGGAAGAAGAAAAUGAAAAAGAAGACUGAGGGAGAGAGAGUAUGAAGAGAAAGAAACACCUUGAAGCGGUUUUUUUUUUGUAUCCUGCUGCACACGCAUUUUCGCAUUUUUCUAUGCAACGUCACCAACGACGUCAUAUUGCCUUAACGGGAAUUAGAGCCUGCGCUCUUCUACUUUCUCUCUGGCUAUAUCCUGUUUCAUUAGUGUCUCUCUCUGGCGCUCUCUCUCGUGCUCUCUUUGCAGUUAACAUUCUCUUAACAUUUUUAUAGCAACUUGUCUACAAUUUUGUGCAUUUUUGCAUUGAGACUUGCAAGUAUUCGUAUGUUUUUUUGUUUUUAUGUGUUUUUCAAGCUUUUCUUUUCUUUCCUUUCCGUCAUUUCCUUUUGUAUAUAUGUGUGUGUGUAAUUGUGUAGGAGUAGGUGUGUGUGUGUAAAUUACUCGAUAGCCUUUUUGAGUGCAAUGUGAUUUUUAUGUUGUUGCCUUUUGCACUUCUCCUUGUUGUUCAGUUCUAGUUCACUGUUUGUGGAUUUUUCGGUUUUAUCGGCAGUUGUAAUGAUUUGGUCCUUGAAUUUUAGUUGCUUAUAUGGUGGUGGGGGGUUUCUAGGAUAAAUGGUUCGCGUAUAGGCUAUAUAGCGUAUACGACAUGGUGGCUUGAUGGGUUUUGGAGAUUAAGAUAAUUUCCUGUUUACUGUGGUUGGUUUUUAGAGUCUAUAGUCUUCAGAUUAUAUUAGUAUUUUUAACUAAAAAUUAAAAGCGCAAAAAUUAAAUCUUAAAUUUUUAUUUAAUUAGGAAUUUUGAAUUCUCGGCAACAUUUUUUUCUCAUCUUUCGGUAGAGGAAUUUCCUGCAACAGAAUGCCUUAGGGCACUUUGCAAUACGCCCCCCUGUAGCCACGCCUCUUUCUUCCUUAAGCUGGUCUUUGCCUUUGCAUUCCGUAAGCCACAAAGUAUGAGUAAGCACUUAACCCUUUCUUAGCCACCCUCCACCACCUCGCCGCUGUAUCCUUGCUAGCUACUUUCUCUGGCAGAAUUCCUGGCACGCAUUGCCAGUCUAACCUUUCACAUUUAUGCGUUGAACACGUCCUGCUCCCUCGUCCUGUCGUCCUGCCUUCCAGUUCCUCUCUCUCUCUCUAGUUAGUUUUAUUCAAUUUUUGCGCUAUUUUUACUGAUGCAAUUUCACAGCUGCAGCGGAAGCGAGGAAAUCGAGACAACCAGAGAGGGAGAGAGGAGGAGGGGCUGAGGGAGGCUGCCUAAGUGCUUGGCCCAUUAAAGUAUGCAAUCAUUUUGCGGUUAGUUGCCCUUGUCUUCCCUGCAUCCUUGCCUCCCUCGGAAUUAUCUCAGUUUCUUCGCCUUUACGGCUGCAUAAAUUUCAGCCACUGGCAUUCGCCUUUAACCACUUUGCCAAUCCAUUCUAAGGUCGACAGUUUCUUGACAGGAUUAAGGGUCCUUCAGGAGUUUUAUGGCCAGUAGGAUUUCAUUCCCACUUUAUAUUUAGCUUUAAAGAAGACUAUUCCCCUUUAAUCAUUUAAUAUAUUUUUAAUUUAAUAAUCUAUGACAUUUUUGGCCUAAAUAUGUUGGGCUCUGUGGGCCAAGUUCAUUCAUAAACAAAUUAGUGGCUUUUCCAGCUGUUUUUCCCCUCGCCUCCCCUCUGUAUCUUCUAAUUCUCAGCCCCCGCAAUUGAAUCGAAAACACAGAAGACUGCCCUGCCUCUGAAUCUUCACCCUCUCUAAUCCAAAAAGACACCCGUAGAAGCCACGUAUAAAUAAAUAAAUAAACAAGCUUUUAAUUGAACCGGAAAUUAUUGUGUGUGGGUGGUGUGUGUGUGUGUCUGCUUCUUCUUCUUCAGUGUGUGUUAGAGUGUGUGUGUGUCUUAUUGGAAUUUUUGUGUUCACUUCUUUUUAGUUUUAUUCCAUAUUUAUUCUAGUUUGUUUUUGUUUGUUUGGCUUGCGUUUUUGGCCCUUCAACUUGUGUUUGCCCAGUGGGUUUAUCGGAAAGAGAUAGCCUCUGUGGAUAGUGAAAGAGAUGGGUAAACAGAGAGAGAGAGAGAGGGGAGCUACAAGCUACUAUACAUAUAUAUACUAUAUACUAUAUAUAUAGUUGUGUGUCUGAUUAGUUUUAUGGUCGGUUUGGUAACAAGUGCCUGAGAUUCAAGUUCUAAUAGGAUUAUCUUGCAAGUUUCAUGGUUUUUAUUUAAUUAUUUCACUCUUAUUUUUAGAGAAAUAUAUGUUUUUACUAAAAUAGUCAUUAGAAUCUAGAAAUCCACAUUGUAUUCCCCUAUUAGAGUGUUUGGAAUUCAUCUUUCGUACUCGUACAUCCCAUUAAUAUGCAAUCCCCCCUUACAUUAGCGUGACUUUCGUGGCCUGGCCUGUGAGGUUGUGUGGGUGGGUAUCUGUAUCUGUGAGGUUGUGUAUCUUGGUCUAAAUUACAGUUGACAGUCGUUGCAUGUUCGACUUACGAUACCCAUUGCCGUUAAUGGCUGCCCGAGACACGCCCCCGAAACUUGUUGAACCGACAUAUAAUUUGAUGGAAUUUAUUCCACUAGAGACAUUCCCCUGGCAAUCUCAUCAGGAUGAUCUAUCUACCACUAUAGCAAGACCUAUAAAAUGUAUCUCUGACUGCCCAAAUCAGUUUAGUUUUUGGGCGAAAAAUGUCCCGAAUUGUGGCAGCUCUCAACCGCACUCUUGUGGAGUAUUUUCGAAAAACCAGCCUCAAUGGCUUCGGUUUGCUUUACUUUCUGAGAAGACGAAAAAUCCAGAGAAUCUUUUGGUUUUCAUUCAUCGCCUUUGGCAUUCUUUUUGCCAGCUAUACGGUUUUUGCAAUGAUUCUGGCAUUCCUCAACUAUUCGACCAUCAUUGAUCUCUCCGAAGUGGAGGUGUUGGAGGAGCACUUUCCGGAAAUAAGGAUCUGCAGUGGCUAUAGGUUUAGUUCAAGGAGUAUACAUAGAUAUUCCGAGGAACUAGGACAUCUGACUAACAAAUCGGAAGAGUAUUGGUUGGAAAAGUUACCAUACCUCUCAGGGUAUUAUGAUUCUUUGUCUGUGAGAUCAGAGGAGACUAAAGAAAUUAAUAAUAUUUUAUCUACCACAAAUAUAACAUCCCUUUUGAUGAAAUUAUCACCUUCCUGUGAGUCCUUAAUCCUUCGUUGCCAACUUAACCAGCUCUCAAUAAACUGCUCUGAACUAUUUGGUUUAAAACUAAGCCUCUUGGGAAACUGUUGUGUUCUAAAGAAAGAAAAUCUAACCGGAGAACUAUCACUUGUUCUCGACUCUUCCCAGGAAGAUGAGUUUCCUCUGAAAGGGGGCUCCUCUCUAGGAGGCUUCACCUUUCAUAUUCCUAAUUGGCUGGGCAGAGUUAGUGUUAAUCCAGGUGAAGUGGCCGCUCUAGAAGUGGAAGUAACUCAGCUAUUAGGAAAUUCACAACUUAAGGAUUAUUCCAUAAGAAAACGAGGCUGUUACUUUCCCCAAGAGGGUGCCCCUAGAGAAGAGUGCCUCGAUGAGUGCAGAAUUAAAGCCCAUUUAAUUAAUUGCCAGUGUGUCCCAUAUCCUUUUGAGUUGAAUAAUGCCCAACAUAAACACUGUACACUGGAAAAAAUAUCAUGCCUGCAACUGGUAGAGGAAAACUGGUCACCUUCGCAGUGUCCUGAGUGCCUCCCUUACUGCAAUCAGUUGUUCUAUAGACUUUAUAAGAGUAUCCUUGGACACCUGCAUCCUUGGCGUACUAAAGUGAAUAUUUAUUUCAGGAAGCCUAAUAGAAAAAUCUACGAAACCAUCCAACUCUAUCACUGGUAUCAUAUAUUGUCAAACAUUGGAGGGGUCCUGGGAAUCUGCAUCGGCUGCUCCUUUAUCAGUGGCUUCGAGUUGAUCUAUUUCAUGGUUUUUCGUCUUUGGGCCAACUAUCUUCGGCAGGCGGAGAGCUAAUUAGGCCAGACAUUACGCAUACGCCGUGUGUGAUUUAUUUCAGCGACAAUGUGGGGGAGACAGUCGGACAUUAAUCUUUAUGACUUGAAUUGUAAGUGAGGCGAAAUAAAUGAAGGCAACAUUUGAGUGAGAAGAGAUUUGUUUCAGGGAGUGGGUGGUUGGGUGGUUGUGCCAGGGUGGUGCUUAGUUGGAGUGUGCCGAUUAUCAAGGUUAAGUGGUCUGCUGAGCCCCCUUUUUUUCAACGUCUCGUUCGCAGUUGUCGCCUGGGGGCCACUUGAUGACUACUGAACGGCGACAAAGGCACCAGAAAAAUGUAUAUACACUUGAAAAAAAAGCAAUAUAAUUUAAUAAAAUUUAUAUAAAAUAUAUUUCUUAAAAAUACUCCAACUUCUACUCUAAAUUAAUAUCUCUAAUUUAUAUUUUUUAACCAAGAAUCCAGAAUUUUUCUCUCUGUAUCUGAGCUAGUGUGAAUACGUUUCUUAAGUGCACUUCAACGUGCGUUUCUUCUGUAUUGAUUUUUCCCCCAAAACCUCUCCCAAGCUUGUCAACUUUUGAAUAAUAAAAAUUUCUUGC